GCGAAAUGACCUUGAAAUACAGGAAAUCGGGAAAAACGGGAGUGUUGGCAAGCAGGAAAUUGACUCUGUCUUGACCUAUUUUUUACAGUCUAUGGUCUUGACAAGACCAAAGAUUCUAGAGCUACGCGCUCCGCUCAAGAAUCUUUGGUCAAGACCCUUUGACACUGGUUACCAUAGUGUUAUUAUGAUGUCAUAAUGGACCAGUACAGUACGUCACCUCAGAGCCUUGUUUUUAAAACCAGUUAAAACGAAAUAAAAGUUCAUUUGACCACAGCAACUGUUAGAUAAGGACACAAAAAGUAUUGCUGAGUGAAAGAUAGAUUUAAACCCACAUCAGACUACAACAUAACCUAAUAGGUGAUCUGAACUGAAGAUGCCUCGCACACAAAUCUACCCUGAGCCUCCUGAUCUAAGCAGCAGCCAGGAAUCAAUUUGGUCUUCUGUGGUGCAGAGAAGCCCAUCAGACAUUCGCCUUCUGAGGGUGAUAAGACGCAUGGUUGGUCGACGGGCGGACAGCUCUCGGGGGAUUGAAGAGGAGAUUGAAACGUCUGAGGAAAGCCGAUGCUCCUCCACCUCCUCUGGUACUACUCUCGAGCCAGUGUGGGAGCUGCAGCCUACACCAAAGUCUCCACCUAAAACCGCUCUAGCUGAAGUCGUUCCACCUAAAGCUGCUCCACGUAAAGUCGUUCCACCUAAAGCUGCUCCACGUAAAGCUGUUACAUCUAAUGCUACUCCACGUAAAGGCGUUCCACUUGAAGCUGCUCCACUUAAAGCCACUCCACCUAAAGCUGAUCCAUCUAAGGCUGCUCCACCUAAAGUCGCUCGAUCUAAUGGUGCUCCGCGUAAAGUCGUUCCACUUGAAGCUGCUCCACCUACACAGUCAAGACGACCUUAUGCUGGCACAAAUACAAACAAUGAGAUAUGUGGAUGCCAGGCAAGAGUUCCGCCCAAAGCGCAGAUUGUGCUGCUUUUCCCCGGACAUCCAGCCCUUGGCUAUAGGCCCACCACGAUGAUCAGAUUCCCUGAAGUGUCACCUAUUCACAGGGCGUCCCAAGCUGCCCUUCCUCCGCUGUUGUCAACUCAGUGUCAACCAAGGACCUCUUGGAACCAGAGUCAAACACCAACACUGCAAGCACCUGGCCCUUCAGAUACAGCCAUCGCUAAUGCAACUGAGGUCUCUCCUGAAUCCCCACAUCCCCAGGUUGCAGAAAUAACAAGAAAGGUGAGAAAGAUGGACGGAGCAAGUGACCUUAUGGACUUGAUCAUAGUCACCAGGCAAAGAAAGCUGGCUGAAUUACAGAUCCUGGAUCUGGAUGUCAGAGGCCUUCCUGCCAAGAUAAAGCAGAUGAGGAGUGACCAUGACUACAUGAUCGAGGCAUGGGAAAGGGACAGGCUGCAGAGGGAAGCUGAUACAAUGCAGUUGGAUGGGACCAAACUCGAGGAUGAGACCCUGGCAGGGGUGAGGGACGAGGUGAAGACUGAUGCUGCUGCUCUCCUGUUACAGCAAGGCUCAGAGCGCACAUCACAAAGCUGUUCCUCACCUGUCACACUUCAUGAGCCAAAUCAAUCUGAAGCAAGCCAGUCGACCCAAGCCAAGUGUACAUUGACAAAUGUGAAGGAAAGGGAUCAUAACAAAAGUGGUGCUGUUGCUCGCCCUCUGCCCAAUGGUUGGAAGCAUGCAUCAAGACCCCCUCUUUCCUCUGGCCCUUGUUCUUCAGAGAAUGAAGGAAAAGAUGUCACCGCUCAACCUAGGUCCAGCGGUUUGAAGUGCACAUCUACAUUUAAUUUCCUGUCUCAAAACUCGUUGUGGUCCCAUGGAGGCCAGUCAGACUCUGACUCUGAAAACUCCGACUGCUCCUCUUUCCAAGCGAAGUGUACAUUCCCCCACAAGUUAAUAUCUGUGCCAGACCUACCUCUCAGAGACCACUCUCAUGAACCACCCUCCACCCUGAUUUGUGCAAGCAGUCUUGCAAUUGUGGCCAGGAGGAAUGGAACACAGUCACCACCAGCCAGAGCUUCCAUGAACAAUAAAGAGGACAGUGUAGAGGAUGAGAUGACAGACAGCGAGAGUGAGGACAGUAGCAUUCAACAGGAAGAGGCCACAAGAAACAAGGACGACCCAACCCAGCAACUAAAGGAAUUACAGUACUUGGUACUGACAACGGAAAAGAAACUGGAAUUGGCGAAACAGCUGGAAAAAGAUACAAGGGCGUCUUACAAAAAGGAGAAAGACCAGCUGGCAUUGAAGAAGAAAGACUUCCAAAAAAAUAAAAAAAUAAUGCUGUCUGACCUGAAAAGGAGGACGAGGGAAGAACUGAAGGUGCUAGAGAACGAAAUAGAACAAGGCCAGAAGAGGGUUGAUAAGGAGCUGAAACAAGAGACAGCCAACCUGAAAGCUCUCUUGAACGAAUAUGAAAAGGCCUUGAAAGAUGAGGAAAAGAAGGAAAAGGAGAGGCAGAAGGUUCUGGAAAAGCAACAAAAGGAAAAAGCAAAGGAAGAGAAGCUCAAGCAGAAAAAAAUAAAGGAAGAGGAUAAAAAAAUUCAGAUGGAGUUGGCCGAGGAAGAGGAAUACAGGGCGUUAAAGCUAAAGGCUAAAUGUGAAAAAAGAAGUCAGAAAAGCAACAGGAGGUGGACAAAAAGAAUAAACAAAGCUACUAAAAUCAAAAACAAAAUAGCUGCAGCGCCAGGACGUUUCUUCCACCUUUUCCAACCCAGUUAUGGAAAGAGAGUGGAGAAAAUGCUGAAGGAGCAACAGAAUGAACAGCUGCUCUGGCAACAAAAUGCGAAGAACAAUGAGCAGUGGCUUAUAGAGGAAAGGGAGAGGAAGAGGCAGGAGGUGGAGCGAGCGGAGGAGGAGAACAAGAGGCGCCUGGAGGAAAGGAAGAAAGCAUAUGUUGCCGAGCAGGAGGCCAACGAAUGGGGCGGCAAGAUGCGGGUUGUGCUGUCAGAAGCGAGGAGCAGUGCAAGCCGCAUCAAUAUACAGUUCUGAAAAAAACAGACGACAGGACACCACAUGACGAGGACAGGACGAAAGUGGUGCAAAAGAAGCAACUAAGGAAGGAACACAAAGACGUUUCCAGGGGGAGGAGAGAGGGCAUUUUCACAGGAACUGCUGCUACCAAACACACAGGAACUGUCAUCAUGAAACUCCUUGUAUGGUUUGUAUGAGAAGUAUCGGGACAUUGUCACCAAGGUAAGGCAGAUUUAGAUGUUAAUUUGCAUGGCAUGAUGCCAAGAUACAUUCUGGAAUGUUAUGCUAACCAGAGACGAAGAGGCUAAUGAUCAGAGCCUAUGGAAUGCUUACAUUUUUCAAAAAUUAGAGGUGAAUCACAGGUACUGUACAUAGGCAAAGUAAAACGGUCAGGUGACGAGUGAGCGCUGUCAAUGUGUACGCAGCUUUCAAGAAGGUUAGUUAUGCUAAUCAGAGAAAUGUCUUCUCUCCAAGUAGACUCAAACUAAAUGUGUCCUGACACAAACAUGAGUAUCAUACAACAUAGAGGACGAGGAGAAAUCAUGGUGGAAGCAGAUCUCUCAGCUCCAGCGGGAACUCUCAACUAAAAGUUUCUCUUGAACACCGCUCCAUCCAUCUGCUGUUCCAGCACCAGCCCAAGGAGGAUGGGUUCCCCCAACAGCCUGGGUCCUCCCAAGGUUUCUUCCAGCUUUCAGCUGGGAGUUUUUCCUUGCCACUGUUGCCUACGGCUUGCUUUUGGGGGCAUGAGGACAGUGUGAAUUUCUAUUUUAUAGAACACAACAAUUGUAACAGUAAUAAAAACUAAAACAUUUA